UGAUGACCUGCUGAUCAUCCCCCAAAGAGGCAGUUCUUCGCUCUUCCCAUUUUCUUCUUCCCCACCUUCCUCCCUAGCUGUUCUCCCAACAUUCCACUCCUCUUGGCAAUGGUUGCCUAGUACAUGGUUGCCUGGACAUUCCCUCUGACAUCAGCCAUACUACUGUUAACCUAAAUGACCUAAACAGCCCAGGGCUAUGAUGAUAUCAUAUAGACCACAUUAACGGCUAUCCAUAUGAACCUGCAUAAGCCCCAAGUUCUGCUUAGAAGUCGUCCUCUGUGACUCAUUGUUAGCAGACAUUAUGCUGGCAGACAGCAGGGUCUUUCCAGUUGUGGCAUGCAGUGGAAUUGUCUCUGGGCAGAUCUGACAAGCUUCCUCCCUUUUCACUGUUAGACCAUUAUUGGAAAGGUGUGUGAUCUAUUCUGCUGCUGCUAUAUAGGGCAGGCUGGCCCAAAGGCGCGAGCCUCUUGGCAAGAGCACAAGGACUCUCAGCCGUGGGGCAAGCUGCCUAGAGGAAGAACUUCCUAAUUCUGCCAUUAUGAAGCCAGCAUGAGAGUUUGACUGCAUGAGUCCUGGACCUGGUUUUUAUCAAACAGAGGAGCUGUGAUUGGUAGGUCUGAGGAGAUGUGUCUGGGAGAGCAGAAAAGUGGGGAUGGUCUGGGGGCAGCAAUAUCACAGGUAGCAGGCAGAGGGAGGUAUGGCGGUGGGAGUUGGGCAAGCCUUUCCGGGGGAAACGGUCCAGGCAACUGAGGCCUGUUCCCUUUUCCAGCUCUUCUCCCAAUCCUCUGACCCCAGGGAGCUCUGAGAACACUCCCUUGAGGAUUAGGGUGCUGCUGCUGAAUGCCUGGUCAGUCAAUGCUAAAACAUAUCUCAUCACGAUUUGAUUGUGGAUGAGCAUGCUGACCUGGUAUGUGUGACGGAGACCUGGUUGGAUGAGCUGGGCGGGGUUGGUCUCUCUCAGCUCUGUCCUCCAGGUUUCCAAAUCAUGCAACAGCCCCGCCUGGAGGGUUGGGGAGGGGGUGUUGCAGUCAUCUAUCGAGAGAUCCUCCCCAUUUCCAGGUGCCCGGUCAGGCAAUCCGUGAGACUGCCUCGGUUGCUCUAGUGGAUGACCUACACCGGGAACUAGACGGGGGAGCACAUCCCUGUUGGUUUUGCUGGACCUCUUGGCGGCUUUCGAUACCAUCGACCAUGGUAUCCUUCUGGGCCACCUCGCAAAUUUGGGAAUAGAAGGUACUGUGUUGCAGUGGUUCUGGUCCUUUCUUGGGGGGAGGGUCCAAAAGGUGGUGCUGGGGGACUACUGCUCGGCUCCCUGGCCAUUGGCCUGUGGGGUCCAACAGGGUUUGGUCUUGUCCCCCAUGCUGUUUAACAUCUACAUGAAACCGCUGGGAGAGGUCAUCCAGGGACUUGGACUGAGUUGUCAGCCAUAUGUCGAUGACACUCAGCUCUCUUGCUCUCUCUCCUUGUCACCUGAUCCUAGGGAGGCGGUGGCUGUGCUGAAUCGGGGGCUGGAGGCCGUGAUGGGUUGGAUGUGGGCUAAUAAACUGAAAUUGAAUCCAGACAAGACAGAGGUACUGUUGGUCAGUAGGAGAGCCAAUCGGGAUGAGGAGAUUUUACCGGUUCUGGAUGGGGUUGCACUCCCCUUGAAGGAGCAAGUACGCAGUUUGUGGGUACUACUGGACCCGGCUCUGCUUUUGGGAGCUCAGGUGGAGGCAGUGGCCAGGGGUGCCUUUGCACGGCUUCAGCUAGUGCACCAGCUGUGUCCCUUUCUCGAGAAGGCAGAUCUGGCCACAGUUACCCAUGCCUUGGUCACGUCACAGCUGGAUUACUGUAACACGCUCUACGUGGGGCUGCCCUUGAAGAACAUCCAGAAACUACAGCUAGUGCAAAAUGCGGCAGCUAGGGUUUUGACCGGAGCUGCCUGGUGGGAGCACAUCACACCCAUCCUGAAAGAGCUGCCCUGGCUGCCAGUUCGUUUCCGGGUCCAAUUCAAGGUGCUGGUUUUGACCUUUAAAGCCCUUAAUGGUUUGGGCUCGGGGUAUCUGAGGGACCACCUGCUCCCAAGGGUUGCUGCCUGCUUGACAAGGUCAUCUGAGGGGGCUCUGCUCCGGGUGCCUACAAUGAAGGAGGCUCGUUUGUCAUGCACUUGGGACAGGGCCUUCUCUGUUGUUGCCCCCAGACUCUGGAAUGCUCUCCCAGUGGGUAUCCGCUCCUCAGUCUCCAUCACAGUUUUUAGAAAGCAUGUCAAAUCAUGACUUUUUACCCAGGCUUUUAUAUGAUUGUCUCCACUGCUGCUUCUUGAAUUUUGUACUGUUUUUAUGCUUGGGUUUUAUUUAUUUUUAAAAUCAGAUUUGUUUUUAUAUUUUUUAGCUCAUUGUUUUAAUGUUUCUUUUUUAUAAUCUUGUUUUUAAAUUUUAUUGUGAGCCACCUUGGGAUUUUCUUAAUGAAAGGUGGGGUAUAAAUUUAACAAUAAAUAAAAAAUAAAUAAAAUAAAAUUUUCUUGGAUCUCUCAGUGGCUUUAGAUACCAUUGACCAUGGUAUCCUUUUGGAUGGGCUGGCCAAGUUGGGCGUGGGAGGCACUGCUUGGAGAUGGUUCCUCUCCUACCUCAAGGCCCAUUCCCAAAAGGUAUGAUUCGGCUGAUAAAAGGGGAUUACUGCUCAACCCUGGCAGUUGUGCUUUGGGGUUCCACAG